AUGAGAACUCGUUUCAUAAAAAACGGAUAAUAAUCCCUAUUCUUAUAUUUAGUGAUCACUUUUAGAAUUCAUUUAUUAUUUUACAUUAUUAUGAAGAAAUCUUCAUUAAUAUUGCUUUUGUUUUUGAUAUGUUCGCUACAAGGUAAAAGUGGUUAAAAUAUAUUUUUAGCGUAACAGUUUGUUGAACUUUAAAGCGGAAUUAAAUUACAAUCGCUUGAAGAAUUGAAUAAUUUGGAUACAGGUAGUCUAGAUUGUUCUCCAGGCCUGGAAUAGGUGAGCAAGUCUAUGGAAGCUUGGCAGGAGAUUCUCGCUGACCCUGAUCAGAUAGAUAAUGAUAUUGAUAAUUUGCAGAAACUUAAAAUUGCUGUGUCUGAUUAUAGGUAAUCAGAAGGGGAGAAAACAACAUUGUUGCAAUAUCACAGUACAAAGGGUUCUUUUGCAUUUGUUCAAUUAAGAUAGGAAGAUAGAGAUACCUUAUUACAAUAAUGGAGACAAUAUGGUCAAGAUAUAUUAGAUGGUUAAUUAAAUUUAUUGGAUGAGGCAGCCUCAAAAGAAGAUGCCGAUUAGUGUUGUGAUAAAAUAGAGGAGUUAAUUAAUAAGCUCAUAAGUGAAAGAGAAUAAAUAAGAGAGCAAUGCAAAAAACCAUCAAUUACAAUUAAUAUCAUUAAUUCUAAAUCUGAUGAUGUACAAAGAAGAGUUGAAUCAUGUUCUAAAGAUGGAAUUAUAGUGAACACAGACGACAAUAAGAAAGUUGUCAUCAGACCUGGACAAGGAAGUGCUCCUGAAUCUGAAGAUGAGCCUGUCAGUGCUUCAGCAUUAGUUAGUUCAUCAGAUUCUGAAGAUGAUGAGGAAACUGUGAAUAAGAAAUAACCAUCAGAUUACACAACUGAUAAGCCAGUUAGAACAACAGAGGUUGAGAAUGAAGAUGAAGAAGGAUCAGAAGACUUAGUUGAAUAUGGAUAUGGAUAUUGGGCUAGAUUUAUGUUGGCUUAUCCAAGAUUCAUGCCUAAGGGUAAAGAUGCACCUUGGUACUUUGUUUCAAGGUUGUCUUCCAAUAAAAAUACAGACAACGUGAAUAUGGGAGAUAGACUAUUGGCAAUCUGGUUAGGAAAAGGAUUCUAUCAUUUUACUACAUGUGAUAAAACAUAAAAUCAACCAAACGUUGUUAAGAAUGUUGACUAUCCAGUCAAUUUGGAUGGUGUUUGGACAUACAUUUACUAUUCAUACAGCUCAGAAAAGAAAAAAGCAGUUGCUUAUAUUAAAUUCGGAGAUGAUGAUUUUAAGAAAGUUGAGCAUGAAGUCACACAUCCAACCACUAAAUUUGUUAGAUUCACUGUUGGUGGCACAGAUGAAAAGAGAUAUCCAGGAUUCAAUGGUUUAUUGAGUACCAUUUAUUUCAGUGCCAAGAGAGGAGUCUUUAUCGAUAAUGAUGAUGACAUUCAAGCUAAAUUACAAUCUAUGAAAAAAAUCCCAAAGGACUUUAUUCCUGACCUUGUUACAUACAAAGUUACCACAAAUCCCAUUACAAGAACACCUGAAGACAGAGAAAUCCAUUAAAUUGUUGGUACCACUUCAACUCCUAAAUUCCCUCAUGAAUAUGGCAUAAGUGGAUGGUUCAAAUGGACACCAACUGAUAAACAAUAAGAUUGGCACAACAUCUUCAGAGUUUAGAUUCAAACUCCAUCAACUGACAAAUUCUUAGGAGAUAGAACCUUAUCAGCUUGGGUUGGAAAAUAAGAUGGAGGCAUCAUUCAUUUACCUACUUAUACCGUCACAGACCUUGAAGAAUAUUCCUCACAAAAAUAGACUUAAAUCAAUGGUUCUUUGUUUACUUUGGAUACUCUAGACCAUAAUAGAAAGCUAAGGCUUACAUCAGAUGGACAGAUUCAGAGGAUCAUUAAGAAUAUGAAAAUGUUAGACAUUUCACUGUUCCCAAAUAUUACAUCUUUGUAGGAAGAGAUAAACAUUUCCCAGGAUUCAACGGAGACGUUGCCUUGGUUGCAUUCAAUAUUGGAGAAGGCUCAUUUAAACCAGGAAAUGAUUUCAAAGCUAAAAACGAUGCUUUCAAUGCAGUAGUCGGAUAAAAGCAAUUGUUAGGAAAAUAACCAGAUGACAAAGUUAAAGAGAAGGAGGAUGAAGACGAUGAUGAUGCCUAAAGUUGAUGAAACCAAAGAAUCCGAGGAAGAAUUAGUAGAAUAUGGUUAUGGAUUUUGGGCAAGAUUCUUAACUGCUUAUCCAGUUAGGUUACUUAACGGAAAGAAUGCCCCAUGGUACUUCGUAUCCAGAUUGACAUCCAACCAAAACUAUGGAAAUAUUGCUAUGGGAGAUAGAACCUUAGCUAUUUGGUUAGGAUAAGGAUAUUAUCAUUUCACUACAUGUGACAAGAAAUCUAACAAUCCAAAUGGUGUCUGGACAUAUGUUUACUAUUCAUAUAGUGCUUAAGAAAACAAGGCUAUUGCAUUCAUUAAAUAUGGAGACUUAGAACCAAGAUCAAUCAUCCAUAAUGUCAAUCACCCAGCAACCAAAUACGUUAGAUUCAUCUUAGGUGGAAAAGACAGCAAUAGAUACCCAGGAUUUAAUGGUUUAUUCAGUUAAAUUGUUUUCUCUGCCAAAGAAGGAGCCUUUGUUGAUACUUUAGAUGACUUUAAUGAUCACAUCUCUAGAACAAUUAUCCCAGUUCAUGAUUUGGAUAGACUAUAUAAACAUGAAUUAGUUGAAGAUACAAUUUCAAGAAAAGUCAAUGAUAAUCCAGUUUAUGAUGAAUUAGGUGGUGGCGCUUAAAAAUUCCCACAUGAAUAUGCAGUUAGUGGUUGGUUCAAAUGGGAACAAACUUAAUAAUAGGUUUGGCACAAUGUUUUCAGAGUUCAAAUUAACAAACCAUCUACUGAUAGAUUCUUAGGUGACAGAACUCUUUCAUUCUGGAUUGGUACAGCUUAAGGAGGUAUUUUCCAUUUCCCAACUUAUACAUACACCAACAUGAAUGGUGCUGGUAAUCCCAAUAUGGUCAGCAAUAUUGUUCACAAGAAUAGACAUUUGGAAUGGUUCUUUGUUUACUUUGGAUACUCUAAAAAUGAGAGAAAAGGAUUUGUAGGAGUGAAAUUCACUGGAGGUAUUGAAACUAUUGAAUACAACAAUGUCAACCAUUACUACACUCCAUAUUUCUAUACUUAUGUUGGUAAGGAUAAACAAUUCCCAGGAUUUAAUGGUAAAAUUGGAUAUGUUAACUUUGCUUUGGGAAGUGGUACUUUCAGAAAAACACCAGAUUUCAAGCAUCCUAAUGAUGUGUUCGGAUUUGAUAAAGGAGAAUCAACUCUACUUAAGAAACCAGAGUCAAAGAAACCUUAACCCAUCACUGAUGAAACUGGCGAAAAAUAAUUACCAAGUGCUCACAAUGAAAAUAGUCCUAAAGUUAUCAAAGAAUUCAGAUCUGAUGUUACAUUCACUGAAUAUGGUUAUGGAUUUUGGGCAAGAUUCUUAACAGCUUACCCUGAUCAAAUUACCAAAUGGUAAGAAUGCUCCUUGGUACUUUAUGGCAAGAUUGACACAACAUGA